CGCGAGCUCGCGCGGGGGCUUGUGGGAUCGGCGGCGGCGGCGGUGGUCUCCAUCAUGGCGGCUUCCAUCUCGGGCUACACGUUCAGUUCCGUCUGCUACUACAGCGCCAACAGCAGCGCCGACCACGAAGGAUUUCUGCUAGGAGAGGUGAGACAAGAAGAAACUUUUAGCAUUAGCGAUUCACAGAUCAGCAACACUGAAUUUCUACAAGUGAUUGAAAUUCAUAACCAUGAGCCUUGUUCAAAACUCUUUAGCUUUUAUGACUAUGCAGGCAAAGUUAAUGAGGAGAGUUUGGACAGGAUUCUUAAAGACCGAAGAAAAAACGUUAUUGGAUGGUACAGAUUUAGGAGAAACACUCAGCAGCAAAUGUCAUAUAGAGAGCACAUCAUUCACAAACAGCUGACACACAUUCUUGGAGUGCCUGAUCUUGUCUUCCUUCUCUUCAGCUUCAUUUCCACUGCAAAUAACUCCACACAUGCUUUAGAAUACGUGCUUUUUAGACCAAACCGAAGGUAUAAUCAAAGGGUGUCACUUACUAUUCCUAAUCUAGGCAACACUAGUCAACAGGAAUACAAAGUUUCUUCAGUGCCAAAUACUUCUCAGAAUUAUGCCAAAGUUAUUAAGGAACACGGUACUGAUUUUUUUGACAAAGAUGGAGUGAUGAAGGACAUCAGGGCUAUAUAUCAGGUUUAUAAUGCACUUCAGGAAAAAGUACAGGCAGUAUGUAUAGAUGUAGAAAAAAGCGAACGUGUUGUUGAAUCCUUUCAAGCUGAUGUAAACAAGUUAAAAAGGCAAAUCGCACAAAAGAAAAAUGAAAAAGAACAAGAAAUAAGAAUGCAGCAGGCAAUUUUAAGCAGGCAAAUGCCAACAGAUAACUUGGAACCUAUGUUUGUUCCACGAAUGUCCUACACUGGAUUUGCUGUGGAAGGCUGCACACUUGAAGAUUCCGAUGUCUCCGAUCCUCCCCCUCCGUAUUCCGAUUUCAAUGCGACCAAUCAAGAAAGUACUGUCGGUCACGCUCUCCUAGAAGGCAAUGUUUUUAUGCCUCGACCUCAAGCAGUAGGUUCUUCCAGUUAUGUUUCCACAAAUGCAGGAUUGAAAUAUUCUGGUAAUGGAGCAUCCAUGCCAUCUUCCCAAAGAGCAGUUGGUGACAAUGUUGACGAAUCAGAAGACAGUGAUUAUGAAAAUUUGCUUGAACCUACAGAGUCCUCUGACAGUGAAUACUCACAGACAAGGGAUUCACGACCUUCAGCACAUCCUGAUGGCGAUUCCAGGAACGCUCAAACUUCUCAGAUUUGAUAGGGAGGGGAAAAAGAAAUCCACGUGACACUGUUUUUUCAUCAUUGUUACAGAGAGAUUUUGGGGAUUGAACCUGGAGGAAAUGAACUACACAGGAUUACUGUGCACACAAAAUGUAGAAGACUUGCACUAGAUGGUUUAUUCACGUUGUGAUACAUUUUGCAAGUUUUAUAAUGGAAUCAUUAGGAUAAUCAAGUUGUACUAAUACUGAUGAGGUUCAUGGAUGUACUGGUGAAUUUAGGCAGAACAAAAUUUAUAGAGAUCUUAUAGCUUUUGUUGCCGUAUUUUCUUUAAGACAAUAAAUUGGGAUGUAGUAACUAAGCACAGUUAGUCUACAAAUAAUGUUCUCAAAUCAAAAACUUACCUCUUGCACUAUCAUGCCUUGAAUUUUAAUUUUUGAAAGGGAAUAGAUAUAUCAGCCGCCUUCAAAAUAGCUUUCUAUGGUAAGCCAGAUUGGCCUUUGCAAGCAAAGAAAUUUUGAUAAUUCUGAGAAGCCUGAUUGGAACCGAUGUGGUCCACCACCUUCUAUCGGCAUGCUCUUUUAACAGAGAAGGGGUUUGUUUCGAUUUUUUUACUAGCAGAAUGUGUGUAUCACUUACAAUGAUGGUUGCCUUUUUUUCUGUAAAGGGGAGGG